AUGACAAAAUACCAGAGGGGCGAGCUCAUGGAGGGUUGGAAUGACUGCCCAGACAUAAUGUUGCAAUCAAAUUCUAGCUCCGCCAGUGUUGGCUCACGCUCAAAGAGAAGAACCCCACGUGCAUUUUCAGCUAAUUCUUCACAGUCUAGUGUGAGUCAGGAGCCCGUCGUUGUUGCUCGUGUAUUUACGGCAGACGAACUUCGGCAAGCAAAGAAGGAUGCAGAGGAUUAUGUGGACUCCGGAAGCUUUAAGCCGGAAGAAAAGACAUUUGUUGUGGAUCGCCUCAUAAACGUCUUCGAUACACUCGAAGAGAAACACCAACAAUUUGUGGCUAAAAUUGUUGAUGGCUUGCUUAAAAAGCAAACGAAGCCAGCUCAAUUAAAGACCGAAGUGCUCGCUUAUAUGAUGGCGAACUCCGGCGUCAGCAGCUGGGCAGUAGGUCUCAGAAAGUUCGUUGAGAUGCAAUAA